AUAUCCAGCCCUGAGCCUGACCCAGACUUGGGGGUCUCUCUGUGUGGGUUCCCCCCCCAUUAUUUUGGCAGACUUUUUGGAAUGUCUGGGAGCUAAGGGCUUUGCUUCAUAGAGCAGAAUUCUGAAGCAAGAAAAAGAGAAAGUUAUAGACUAAACCACAGAAAUGUAAACAUGUCUGCAGCUAAAAUAACUCCACUUUCAUUGAAAACACUCCUCACUCACAAUCAGACUUCUGUGUGCUAUGCUCAAUAAAACUGCCCGUUAAUAGUAAGCAAUUAAUACAUUAUGUAGCCCUGCUUUAAAAACCGAGACACUUUUAAUUAUGAUUAUUGUUAUGAUCAUUAAAGGAGUACUCGAUUUUCUUCUUUGCAUACUUUGCUCUCUAUUCCCACUGGUAGCUGGAGUUACUAGCUGGGAAAGUGCAGGAGAGGUGGCUUUCAGAGCAUGAGUGAGAGCACCAUGAAAUGAACGGAAGGAACAUUGCGAAGGAUAAAGUAAGGAAAAUGCAGUUUCAGCCCGAAGAUAAGGGAGAGAAGACACCUCGCUGCCUUGGGGUUUGAACUUCUGGUAAACACAUUGGCCUGUUAAAGGACAUGAUUCAGACUGUCCCAGAUCCAGCAGCUCAUAUCAAGGAAGCAUUAUCAGUAGUCAGCGAAGACCAGUCCUUGUUUGAGUGUGCCUACGGAACCCCACACCUUGCAAAGACAGAAAUGACGGCCUCCUCUUCCAGUGAAUAUGGACAGACAUCAAAGAUGAGUCCACGUGUCCCCCAGCAAGACUGGUUAUCACAACCACCAGCCAGAGUCACCAUCAAGAUGGAAUGUAACCCAAAUCAGAUUAAUGGGUCAAGGAAUUCCCCUGAUGACUGCAGCGUGGCUAAAGGAGGGAAGCUGGUCAGUGGCUCAGAUAAUGUCGGCAUGAACUAUGGAAACUAUAUGGAAGAGAAACAUGUUGUACCACCGAACAUGACAACCAAUGAACGAAGAGUGAUUGUUCCAGCAGAUCCUACAUUAUGGAGCACCGACCAUGUACGUCAGUGGUUGGAAUGGGCCGUGAAGGAAUAUGGUCUUCCAGAUGUUGACAUCUUGUUGUUCCAGAAUAUUGAUGGGAAAGAACUAUGUAAAAUGACCAAAGAUGACUUCCAGAGGCUCACCCCAAGCUAUAAUGCAGAUAUCCUCCUCUCACACCUACACUACCUCAGAGAGACUCCUCUUCCACAUUUGACUUCAGAUGAUGUUGAUAAGGCCUUACAAAACUCUCCACGGUUAAUGCAUGCUAGAAACACAGGAGGUGCAGCUUUUAUUUUCCCAAACACUUCAGUUUAUCCAGAAGCGACACAAAGAAUUACAACCAGGCCAGAUUUAUCAUACGAGCAAGCCAGAAGGUCAGCAUGGACAAGUCAUAGUCACCCUGCUCCUCAAUCAAAAGCUACCCAACCAUCAUCCUCAACAGUGCCCAAAACAGAAGACCAGCGACCUCAGUUAGAUCCCUAUCAGAUUCUUGGACCUACCAGCAGCCGUCUUGCAAAUCCAGGGAGUGGACAGAUACAACUGUGGCAGUUUUUGCUGGAGCUCCUGUCUGAUAGCUCCAAUUCUAAUUGCAUCACCUGGGAGGGCACCAAUGGCGAGUUCAAGAUGACUGACCCUGAUGAAGUAGCCCGGCGCUGGGGAGAAAGGAAAAGCAAACCCAACAUGAACUAUGACAAACUCAGUCGUGCACUCCGUUACUACUAUGACAAAAAUAUUAUGACUAAAGUCCAUGGUAAGCGUUAUGCCUACAAAUUUGACUUCCAUGGAAUUGCUCAGGCCCUUCAGCCUCAUCCUCCAGAGUCUUCCAUGUAUAAAUAUCCAACAGACCUACCCUACAUGAGCCCCUACCAUGCACACCCUCAGAAGAUGAACUUUGUAGCUGCCCAUCCUCCUGCUUUACCUGUAACCUCCUCCAGCUUUUUUGCUGCUCCUACUACAUACUGGAAUUCACCAACUGGAGGUAUCUACCCUAAUACUAGGCUUCCAGCCACCCAUAUGCCUUCUCACCUUGGCACCUACUACUAAGAAGGAAACAAAUAAGAGACGCUUCACCAUGGAAUACAAUACCCAAUUAAUUAUGAUGAACUACUUUGGGAAACAUGAAUUAAAAAUGCCUAAGGAGACAUGAAAAAGUUUGACUGCGGAAAAAAUGUCAAAAAAAGACUUCUUGUCCUAGCGAAAGUAUUCAAGAAGUAUAAAGAUGCUAAAAUGUAAUGUAUAUGGGCAUCGGAUCUGUGGACCAAACAACAAAAAAACUGUUGUAGGUAAAGCAUGAAAUGAAAAGGACAACCUACAAAAGAAAGUGGUCUUAAAAAGAUGAUAAGCUUCUGUGUAAAAUUUGAUAUCUUGCUAAUGCAAACUGGGACUAUACUACAGCAAUAUAAGGAUAAUUCUAUAGUGACCUAACAUACAGUAUACGAAUUCAUGAAAACCAACAAAAAACCAACAAAACAACCAAAGCAACCCCUCCACCUAUAUUUAAAAAAAUGGAAACAUAUCAAGAAAGACUGAUUGAGUGUGGAAGCUGAUUUGGAAUAUAACAGCAUUGGUUUUGGUUAAACUCAGAAUGCAUUCCAUUCAUUGGAAAGGUAUCAGCUAUUUCAAACUGUGAAGAUAACCCAAGCUUUAAGAUUCCUUGACAGUGUUAUAGGAACUCUGAGCCAAACAUUGGAAUUGAGAAUGUGCUGAAGGGCAAGAGUAUGAUUGUAGAUCAAGGGCGUGCAUCUGAUACAGGAAGUAGAAAGGAGGAAGAGGAGGGCAAAGAUGAGAAUGAGAGAAAAGAAACUUCUUUAAGAGGAGAUACCGAAGAGACUGAAAAUUUGGUAGUGUUGGGACUAUAAAAAAUUACUUGUUUGGACUUGAGAAAUAUUUUGAUCAGUAUUAUACCAUUCCCAGUAUUAUAGAAGGACUAGCUUUGAUUGUUUUUAAGUGGAGAAAGGGAAAAGCAGUAGAAUUCAGAAAUCAGAAUAUACAUCUCUUUAAAAAAGGUAAAACUGGAAUUGUCUAAUAUUUAAAAGUAACUUUUAGGACCUCAUCAUUAUUAAGGGAGUUUGUUUUCUUCUGGUUUAAAGUAAGAGACAACCCCGACUGCCAAAAUCAGAUAUCAUAUAAGUAUUUUUGUUAGGCAGGCGCCAGUUUUUCUUUUUUGAGUCGCGAACGCUGUGCGUUUGUCAGAAUGAAGUAUACAAGUCAAUGUUAUUUUUCCUUUUUAUAUAAUAAUUAUAUAACUUAUGCAUUUAUACACUACGAGUUGAUCUCGGCCAACCAAAGACACAAAAAAGGGACAAUCAAAAAUAUUGUGGCCUUGAAUUUUAACUCUGUAUGCUUAAUGUUUACAUUAUGAACUUAUUAGUACUUAGAAUGCAGAAUGUAUGUAAUAAAAUAAGCUUGGCCUAGCAUGGCAAUUCAGAUUUACACUGUGGUCUGUAUUUGCAUUUCUAGUGACCAAGAUGCCUAUUAGACCUUCUUCCAAAAUGGUUUAAAUAUUUGUAAACAUUUCCUUUUCAAAUAUUAUUUUGAUUUGUGAAUUUUAAGUCAUGUAAAUGAAGGACAAAUCCAUACAGUUCUGUUAGUACACCUGAAUUCUGCUCUACAGUACCCCUGCUGUUCCUGCCCUGAACUUCUCUUGAGCAGAGAUUGCCAACUGUGCCAAUAUUUUUGAUGGCUUUGUGGCCAACCAUGAAAAUGAGGUCUAGAGCUGGGGGAAGACUGUGAUCCAGAAAUUCCUUUUCAGCAUCGUAUAACAAAUUCCAGCCCACGUCUUACUAUUAUACUAGAGUUUGUUGAACUGUCAUACACUCUUGCUAUUAACACAUACUGUAUCAUUAUUAGUAAAUAAAAUGAAGAAUGAAGAAAUGAAGAACUUCCAUUAUUCCUCACUUUAAAACUGAGCGAAUGAUAGCUUCUCAGUUUCUCGUUACAAUCCAUCUUUGGUGUUUACACUGGGCAGAAUGUUUUCCUUGUAUUCUAUAUUCAGAGUAUUUCCAUACUGUAUAAUGGGAAGCCCAGAUCCUCAUCUUAUAUAUAAUGACUAUGUUUUUAAUACCGAGGACCUUGUCUUGUCAUUUAUGAAUGGCUCUGUACAGCAGGCAAUGCUUAUUGUGAAGAAUACAUACAAUUAAGACUUAAAAGGAUGUUCCCUUCUUUGCUUUUCAUCACCACCAUUUAGUUAGAAUGAGUAUGAUUUCAUAUUAUAUUGUAAAUAUUUUGUACAGCCAUUUCUCACUUUGUUCACCCUUGCAGGCCACAAGAACGUAGCUGCCAGACCUCCAUGUUCUGGUAUCUUGGCAAUAGUCUGUAAAUGUAGGAUUACAUUUAAGACUUGAAGCAUUACUCAGAUUGAAAACAACCGUGUUAUCAGUCAUAAUAGUAGUAACCUGGAAAAUAUCCACUCAUAACCUAUAGUUCUUAAGAAAAUAAAAACCAACUAAAAUGUUAGAAAAACUAUGCUACUGGAAAAGGUUAGUCAUUACUUUAGAAGUCAGGCACACCUAUGUUUUGAAUAUAAGAAUACUAGUUUGCUUUUAUGUGGAAACUCAUUUCUACGAAUGUCUAAUAUUACACUGUGCACACUUCACUAAAAAAGGCAUGUUUAUUAUUGAACCAUCUUUUAAUUAAGCAUUUUAGAAUGCCAAAUAAAACAGAAACCUGUAUUUAAAGAAAUCAUGUGGAAGGGGUUAAGGUGUGAACACAAUGCUACCCACAGAGCUCUAGAAUAUGUCUCUUUUCUGCUUUCCUCUGCAACAGGAGCUGCUGGUCAAAUGCCUCCAUUCUGAUCCUUGCAGAGGUUGCUUGGAUGAAGAUGGAGUCUCUCACACAUGUUAGAACCUGUGGCCAAUCGAGGUUGCACCAUUGAGCAAUUAAAAAUAAGAUCCUGGGGUGUACAGGACAGGGGAUUCUCGCUUGUAAAGCCAGUUGAACUGGCUGUAGGAAGAUCAUUUAACUCUAGAGAUAGUGACAUCUUUCUCUCUCUCUCAUCUGAUGCUGGUGUAAAGAGUGUGGCCAGAAAGUAAGGAGUGAAUGGCCAAUACAUUCGGUGGAUGAUUCCUAAAUACCAUUUCUGCCCACAGCACAUCUGGUUCCAAUUACCAACUUAGGCGAGCUUCCUCAGCAACCUGUAAAUUCCUUUUCUGUGUCAGGCAUAUUCCAGUUUGGAUCUUCCACAUCAUCUUAGCCUCAGACCUUAAAUCCUUUGUAUACUCUGCAUGCAGACAAAAGGACACUCAUUCCUUUUUGAGAGAGUGCUGAACAUUCCUUUCUCAAUUCAUGUAGUGCUAAAACUCUCUCUUAUAACCGGGCUUAAAUUGUGGAAACUUUUAAAUGGAGAGAAAGAAACAAAACUUAAACUUUCAAUGAGCCUUUGUAUAUUUUAUACUCUCUUUUCACACUAACACAGGGUGAAUUUGAAACAAAAAUCUUCCAAAAUAAAAUCAGGUCACAUCAGUUGCCAAAAGACAUGUUCCCCUUGCAGAUGGUGUAAAUAUUCAAAAUAUAAUCCUGCAUACUCACUGGGCUUCACUCUGCCAGAUUCCUUGAGCUUGGCUCCUUCUUGAUCAGGAGGAGAGGAAAGUGAUGGCAUUCUCCCAAAAAUGCCAACUGCUUGUGGCACCAAGCUGAUGCAUUGCUCACAGGAGAUUGAGGAAAUCUGUGAACCUUUCUCUGCUUUUUUUUUACAUGCUUUCAUGGGGAAUGAAAUAAUUUAAAGUGUUGACAUUUAUCAUGACUGGUCCUCUGAGUUAACCACUCUC